AUGAAUCACCACUUCAUACCCAAAUCCUCACCUUCGUCGCAGCAUGACCAGCUUCUACAACAACAGCAACAGCUACAACAGCAGCAGCAAAAUAGAAAUAGGUCAGAGACAUUGCCAACUUCGUUCCUUUCACGCAAUCCGUUAACACCAAACAACUUGAAUCGCAUACAACCUCCAUCAUUGAGUGGGAGCCCAAUUAGCAUCAACCUACAAGAGAGCAAAGACCUUCUUUCGGUACCAAAGGAUAUCAACAUCUCAACAUCUCCAUUAAACAACAAUAGGUUUAGUGGCCAUUUUGGUGGCGAUACAAAUUUGAACUAUCUUCGCACUCUGCCUGCCAAUCGAGCACGUUCGGGAUCGCUAUUCUCAUCGCAUUCGAUCUGGAAUGAUGAUCCACAUUCUUCAUCAAAUGGAACAAGCUUGAACUCGGAUUCCGGUGCCAACUUCUUUACACCUUCAUCGAAUGCGACUUGUAAUAGCCACAUGCAACAACAACAGCAGCAGCAACAGCAGCAUCAACAAGCACAAGUGCAACAACUGCAAGAACAACAACUGCAGAUUUUGAGAAACAGAUCGCAUACCAUCAACACUGCAGUCCCCAAUGUUUUUGCCGAGAAUGACUUAUAUGUACCUGCAAGUUCGAAUGUGCAAUACCUAUCUCCAAACCAGCAAAAUGACGUGCAACUAAGAGUACGUUCCCAAACAUAUUCUGGCAGCAUUCCACCAAAUGCAUACGAACGAUUGAGUGGCUUGACACCUUCAGUGAGCCACACCAGCAGUAUAAAUAGUAAUAGCUCCCAAACACAUACCCAUACUCAUACCCAAGGUCAAGGUCAAGGUCAAGGUCAAACUCGAGCACAUGCUUCAAUUCCUGUGUUUGAAGACGAAAUCAUUUCCGAGAGUAGAGAUGGCACUUUCAAACUGCCUUCUGCUGUUGAAGCACACGUGAUUACUGCACAAAGAUCGAGUGCCAGUCCUGACACAUCGAACUCUGCACACACACAAAGCAAUAUUUUGAACAUUAUAAAUAGACUUUCUGCAUCAACAGACAUGUCGAUAAUCCAAUCACUUAUGCACAAGUCAAAGUCAAUUGCUCGUGACUAUUACAAAGACGACUUUGGCCCGUUACCGGAACCCAUUGCAUCGCGCCAGUUUGAUUCGCCAACUUUGCGCGACUUGCGUAAAAUUUUGGAAAAUAGAGAGUCAAAUGCUUGCAAGGGAACAGACAUUGAAGAAUUUAACGACUCUAUGUUGUCGAACGUGAACUUGGAGGAACUUUCAUUGGCUAUGCUUGAUGAGUUGCCUGAAUUAAGCUACGAUUAUUUGGGCAACACUGUUGUACAAAAAUUGUUUACACUAGUUGAUAGUAAGCUUAUUAGGUUGAUGAUGGUGAAAGAGGUGACACCAUACCUCACACAGUUGGGUUGCCACAAGAAUGGGACGUAUGCCGUUCAGAAAAUCAUUGCCACUGCACACGGCGAGUUCCAGCAAAUGUAUUUGAUAGGUGCAAGCUUGAAACCAUAUGCAACCAAAUUGUUUAAUGACCAAUUUGGCAACUAUGUAAUCCAAGGCUGCAUCAAGUUUGGCGCACCUUACAACAAUUUUGUGUUUGAAGCCUUGUUUGACAAUUUCUUGCAAAUCAGUUUGAACAGAUUUGGAGCUAGAUGUGUUCGAACCAUAUUGGAGAGCAGCCACGACUCAGGGUCGCUUACUGACGAACAAAAGCUUUUGGUGGCUGCACUCAUUGUGCACCAUUCAAACGAGUUGAUUGUAAAUGCCAAUGGUGGUUUAUUGGUUACGUGGUAUUUAGACACGUUCCAUGACUACGAUAACAAAGUGAGGCUUUUAGUGGAAACUCUUAUACCUAGAAUCGAGCACUUUUGUGUCCACAAGUUGGCAAACUUGACAAUCUUGAAGUUGCUAAAUGGUCGUUCGAAUGAUUGGGUACGGGUGAGUCUUGUUGAUGCCAUUUUCCAAAACACAAAGAACUUGGAGUUUAUCUUGCAGGAGAAUAAUGAUGCUAAUAAUAGUGCCGGUCCACUAUUUAUAUACAAGGUUUUGAGCAACCCGGCAUUGACAGAAUUGACAUCACUGUACCUUCCAGCAAUUAAGAGGAUUUUAAUGGAGGUCAACAUAAUCAACUACCACAACUACAAAAAGCUAAUGGACGAGGUUGGAUUAUCAAACAAGUUUAGAUACCUGAACCCUAAGCGAAACAGCAAGAGACAGCAUGCAAAGCUGGGCAAAUAUGGUUUUUAUGACAACAAAUAUCCCAUCCCAUACCCAUUGCCCACAAAUCAGUAUGCACCACAGCAAACACCGUUCCAGCCAGUCGUAAAUACUCAGCCCAUGUACAUGAUGCCAUAUUAUACAGCACAGGCGCCAGGACAAGUACCAGGACAAGCACCAGUGCAAGUGCGAGCACAAGGACAAGUGCAGGAGCAAUUAGAACCGCAAUCACACAUACAGGGACAGGGACAAGUUCUGAUGCAAGGGCAGACUUUUCCAAAUGCACAAGCACAUUCACAUGCACAUGGGCACGCACAUGCACACGCUCCGCCAUUCAUAUCUACUCAGCAGAUGCUGCCUCGAGACCUAGCAGUGAUGCAGCAGCUAGAACAACUAUCACUAAGUAGUGCUGCUCUUGGAUACACAUCGAAUCCCGGCACACCCACGAUGCAGAGAAAUCUGUAUAUCUAG